AAGCGGCGCUGUGUGGGGCCCAAGAUGGCGGCGGGGAUGUACCUGGAGCACUACCUGGACAGUAUUGAGAACCUGCCAUUUGAAUUACAGAGAAACUUCCAGCUCAUGCGGGAUCUGGAUCAGAGGACAGAAGACCUCAAGUCAGAGAUCGAUAAGUUGGCCACAGAGUAUAUCAGCAAUGCACGGACUUUGUCUUCAGAGGAAAAACUGGGGCUUCUCAAGCAGAUCCAGGAGGCCUAUGGGAAGUGCAAGGAAUUUGGGGACGACAAGGUUCAGCUGGCAAUGCAGACCUACGAGAUGGUCGAUAAGCACAUCCGGAGGCUGGACACGGACCUCGCUCGCUUUGAAGCAGACCUGAAGGAGAAGCAGAUAGAGUCCAGUGACUAUGACAGUUCUUCCAGCAAGGGCAAGAAGAAGGGCCGAGCCCAGAAAGAGAAAAAAGCUGCCCGUGCUCGCUCUAAAGGGAAAAACUCUGAUGAGGAAGCACCAAAAACUGCCCAAAAGAAACUGAAGCUCGUCCGCACUAGCACAGAGUAUGGGAUGCCUUCUGUCACCUUUGGGAAUGUGCACCCCUCGGAUGUACUGGAUAUGCCCGUGGACCCCAAUGAGCCCACUUACUGCCUCUGCCACCAGGUCUCCUAUGGGGAGAUGAUUGGCUGUGACAACCCAGAUUGUUCCAUUGAAUGGUUUCAUUUUGCCUGUGUGGGUCUGACAACAAAACCAAGAGGAAAAUGGUUCUGCCCUCGCUGUUCCCAGGAGAGGAAGAAGAAGUAAAUUCACAGGAGACCUCAGUACUGCUGCAGGAGCUCUCUUCCCCCUGCCAGGGCCUCGUCCCAGUUCCCCCAGCCCUUGGGGCCUUGGCUGAAGGGAAGUCUUGCCCUGUUUGUGGUUUGGGCCAUCCCGGGAAUGGUGUGUACCCUCACGGUGGUUCCUGUGUGUUCUGUAUCCCUGGUUGCUUCUGAGUCCUUAAGGGAGGCCCUCUCUGUGUACUAUUCCAAACAGGUCUCUGAACCUCAAAGGGAAUGAAUGAGGGCACCAGGGUAGCCACCAGAUUCCCAGGGAUUCAGGUAGCCCCUGAUUUUCCUUGGCUUUCCUUCAGCCUCCUCAGAGUUCAUUGCCUGUUCUCUGCUUAGAGAGCAAGGCUAUGGGAUGGGGGAAGGAAAGGAGGUAAGUCUUCAGCAUUUUAGGUCAUUCAUUUUCCUGGAUCUUUUUCAGGAGAGAGGGAGUAACCAGGCUACUUCUUAAUCUAGUGGGCUGGUUGAGAGACUGAAAACCUGAUGUGUUCCCUGUCUUUAACCAUUCCACUGCUGGCAUUGGGCAGCCUCUUUUGUUGGGGAGAGGAGGAGGCAGAGGGAUGUUUAGAGCUAGCUUUGUCUCUCUUAUUCCUGGGGUAAACCUGCUGGUCUGGGAAGCGCUCUGUGUGAAGGAGGAAGAAUUUCUGACCACGUGGGGAGAAACAGCUUGGUCCAGUCUGUCUUCCAGCCUCAAAAUUCUGCCUUCCUCUUGUGUAGUGGUGCUUCUCCGUGGCAUUGAUGGUGGGAAGUUUGGGGAUUCAGAUCCCACUUGUAUAAUACAGAAUGAAAUAAAAUUCAUUGAAACCAAUGCUCUCUUUGUUACCUUGAUGUCACCUCCAAAAUAAACUGCAGCAAU